AUGCGCUUCGCUCCUAGCGUCCUCAUUGGCCUUUUGGCUGUCAACGGCCUCGCCCAAACAGUCGCAGACCCAGAACAACAACCAGAGCCCUCAGCUAUCGCUGAACCCCAACCUUCGUCACCCGCAGCAGAGCCCUCGGCGCCUGUACAACAGCCCACGAAUCCUUCAAGCGACGGCGACGAUGAUGAUGACGAUACACCACAAUCGGACGCUGACACCGCGCCCACGGCCGUCCCAGAACCUUCGGCGAACGAGCCGGUAGAGACAGCGGAUGCCUCUCAAGUGGGACAACCAACAGCUACAGCGGCCGAUGAUGAUGACGAUGAUGAGGCUUCAUCUGCAGUUGUAGGAACAGUCACAUCAGAUGCCAGUGCGACCGACGACGAAGCUACAGCUACUGCGACCGAUACAGACGAUGACGAUGCAACGGAUACAGCCACUCUGACGGCUACCGAGAGCUCUGCUCCGACAAGCACCGGCGCUGUAGUCGAAGUCGACCUCAAGAAUGCGACGAUCGGCGACAACGCAAAAUUGAUUGAAGUCGACGGCAAGCCCGCCAUUAAACUCAGCGCUCCCGCCAACGGCCAAGCAACGUUUACCGUACCCGUCGAAACCGAUGAUGACGACUUCGACGACGACGAACUCAUCUACAUAGUUGCAUCCAUCCUCGUCGGCGAAGGAAGCGCCAAACUACGAAAACGAGCUACAAAGACGGACUGUACACUACAGAUUCAAGCGGGCAGCGCAAACGUUUACAGCGAACCUCUAUAUACCACCGAUGGCAAGUUCCAGGACGUCAAGAGCAGCGGGAUCCGAUCUUCGGACAAUCCCGGCGCUGCGAAUGUUCAGGUAACGCAGACGUGCGGUGAUACGCCUUCGCCCAUGACUGUCGGUAACGUUCGUGCUGGCACCGAUAGCGGAAUAAAGUCAAGCUCUGGAGCUGGAGGUAGUGGAGGCUCUGGUGGUAGUGGAAAUGGUGGGAAGGGUGGCAGUGGCUCUGGCUCUGGCUCCGGGACGUCUACAGCUGAUGGCGCAAAUGCGAGCGAGACCAGCGAUUCUGGUAACGUCGGAUCCAAGACCAGAACGAGCAUCGGAGCUCUCGCUGCUGCCAUUCUGGCUGCGGCUGCAUUUUUCUAG